CCAGAUCUAUGGAGGAAGUCUCACCAGAUUCAGAAGGUGCCUCCAGGACUGAAAAUGCUCCAAACUGCACUUCAUUCUCAAGCUUUGUGGCCAAUGGUGGAUAGAAGGUGAAUUGUGAUGUAUUUGGAACGUGGGACCUUGGGGUGUUCCGUAACCAAGAGGAGAAAGUAACAACAACCAGUCGAGACAAGAAGAACUGCUUCUCCCUUCUUCCUCCUCCAAAUUCCUAGUGGAGAGCUGAGCCCAGCAUCCCAGACUUGUGUGACUAAACAGGCAAGCAUUCGGAGAGUGCCUUCACUUUGGUACUCUAGCCCUCAGUGGCUCAAGGUGUUGGCUUUCUGAGCAGACAGGAGGCUUUUAAGUAGCAAAGCUCCCUGCUGGCAGCAAGCCCAAUAUCAUGGGGAAGGAAAACACCUUGGAGGCAGCACCACCCACCUCAGCCUACCGCUCUGUCAUGGAGGAGUAUGGUUACGAGGUGGGCAAGGUGAUUGGCAAUGGCUCCUAUGGGACAGUGUAUGAGGCUUACUACACAAAGCAGAAGGUCAUGGUGGCUGUCAAGAUCAUCUCAAAGAAGAAGGCCUCUGAGGACUAUCUUAACAAGUUCCUGCCCCGUGAGAUACAGGUAAUGAAGGUCCUGCGGCACAAGUACCUCAUCAACUUCUAUCAGGCCAUCGAGACCACAUCCCGAGUGUACAUCAUCCUGGAGCUGGCUCAGGGUGGUGACGUCCUUGAAUGGAUCCAGCGCUAUGGGGCCUGCUCUGAGCCCCUUGCUGGCAAGUGGUUCUCCCAGAUGACCCUGGGCAUCGCCUACCUGCACAGCAAGGGCAUAGUGCACCGCCUGACCCCCAGCCUUUCUGCUGCUGGUAGGGAUUUAAAGUUGGAGAACCUAUUGCUGGACAAGCGGGAGAACGUGAAGAUAUCGGACUUUGGCUUCGCCAAGAUGGUGUCUUCUAACCAGCCUGUGUGCAGUAGCCCUUCCUACCACCAAGUGAACUGCUUUACCCAGCUCAGCCAGACCUACUGUGGCAGCUUUGCUUAUGCCUGCCCAGAAAUCUUGCUGGGCUUGCCCUACAACCCUUUCCUGUCUGACACCUGGAGCAUGGGCGUCAUCCUCUACACUCUAGUGGUUGCCCAUCUGCCCUUUGAUGACACCAAUCUCAAGAAGCUGCUGAAAGAGACUCAGAAGGAGGUCACUUUUCCAUCUAACCAGACCAUCUCCCAGGAGUGCAAGGUCCAGCUGCUCAUUGCCAGUGUGGCACAAUGGGGGGCAAGCUCAGCCAAGACCUCUCUCUCCCCUGUCCUAGAACCUGGUCCUCCAGAUGCUACGCCAGGCCACCAAGCGUGCCACCAUCCUGGACAUCAUCAAGGAUCCCUGGGUGCUCAAGUUCCAGCCUGACCAACCCACCCAUGAGAUCAGGCUGCUCGAGGCCAUGUGCCAGUUCCACAGUACCACUAAUCGUCACCAAUCCUUGGAAAUCAAUACCUGAAAGUGGCCGAGGGAGGGGACUGAGAGACAAGCAAAGCAGAAGGGUCUGGGGCUAAAACUCUUUUUAUACCAAAAAUAAAUCUAAUUCUGAUUUAGUUUCA